UUAAUCAGAACAGAGAAGUUCUUCUUUCUUCUUCUUCUCUCUUCUUUUCUCAAAUUUAAUCAAUCAUGGCGACUCAAAAACCUAUGCCCACUAGCCCUAGGAGUCCUUUGGACAUGAAAAUCCAACCUACAAAACGCCUACCCAUGAAGAAGAAUUACGAUUUACAUGGCGUCGGUUUAGGAAUUGUCGCCGCCCUAGACAAAUCCGGCCAGAUUCCGGCCACAAAACCUCUGUUUCUUCAAAACAUAUGGCGAUCCGAUCCAAUCCCAGUUAACAAAAACUAUUUUACAACAAACCCAAAUAAAAAAAUGACAACUUUUCAUUUUGACUAUUCAUCUUCUUCGUCUUCAUCGGAGGAAGAAGAAGAUGACGAUGAAGAAGACGAAGAGUACACUUACGUUACUCGUCGUAAUGGACCAAACAAUCUAUGUAGCACAAGAGUUUACUGCGAUGGGAUUGAACAGAAGAAGAAGAAACCCAAAUCAUCGGAAAAGAAAUCUGUUUUCUGCAGCAUAUUUGACAUUUCUCCGGCGAGAUAUUCCGAUGAUUCUCAACCGGCGUCUGAUUUCCUACGUUUGUGUAAUCUAUGCAAGAAGAAACUUCACGGCAAAGAUAUAUACAUUUACAGGGGAGAAAAAGGGUUUUGUAGUCCAGAGUGCAGACAUAAACAGAUUGUGAUGGACGAGAAAAGAGAUCAAGUAGUUGUUGAUGUUAUUAAGAAAACAUCAAGAACAUCAUCAUCAUCAUCGGCUUAUUCAAAUCUUCAGAUUAUCUUAUCUCCUGAAAUUUUUGCUACUUGAUUAUGAAGGAAGAUGUUAAUUAUUAAUUAUAUAUAUAUAGGAUCGAUCAUCGAUGUAGCAAAGCUAGCUAUAGAGAGAGCUAGUAACAUCUUGAAGAUCAUGUAUACAUAUAUAUAUAUAUAUAUAUAUAUUAUACUAAUUGAGGUUUCUUUGAUUUCUUUUUGGGUUUUUACCCAGAUUUUUGCUUUGGAUCGAGGGAAGGAAUGUAAAAGGGCAAAGAUGCCUUAUAAAUAAUGCAUUUGUUACCAUAUAUGGGGAAAUGAGAUAAGAAAAUUAAUGAA